AACCUAGUAGUAGCGAAUCCAUUGAGCACGCAACACGUGAAGGAAUCGAUGACGUGUCGUUAAAAGAAAGUGAUAGGAUAAGAUGGAAAAAUGGCGAGAAGCACACGGGAAAACAACCCCACUGGCCUCAACUUCACCAACGCCGACGUGUCUCCGUGGAGCAGAGCAGCCACCACGAAAAUAAAAAGAAAGAAGCACACAACCACAGUCAACGUUUGUAUCUAUCUGCAUUAAACCCAACUGCACUCUCUCUCUCUCUCUGCUUUGUUUGUAGCACUAAAACCCUAUUCAUCUCUUUUUUGUUUAUUCUUACCAUUUUCUCAUCAUCAUGAUGGCUCCUUCUCAGCCACCUCAUUGGGCCCCAUCUCCAUCUCUAACACCAACACCAAUCCUCCACAAGUCUUUCUUUCCCCCACCGUCAAACUCGCCGGCGGUUGACUUCAGUCCGCCCUUGAUUGCAAUGGUCGUCGUCGUCGCCGCCGCUUUCCUCGUCGUCACCUACUCCCGCCUCAUCGCGCGCCACCUCAGACCUCCCAUCCACCGCCUCCUCCGCCGCUUCCGUCGACGCCGCUUCCUCCCAUCCUCCGUCGGCGACCUCGAGUCCUUACCCUACGAGUCUCCCUUUGAUGGACCGCACGUGUUCUCUCCUUACGGUUUGGACGAAACGGUGAUUAAAACAAUUCCGUUUUCGCUUUACACCGCGAAAUACGACGCUCGUUUUGACGAGUCUCGCAACGACUGCGCCGUUUGCCUUCUCGAAUUCGAAGACGAUGAUUACGUGAGAACGCUUCCCAUUUGUUCGCACACGUUCCACGUGGACUGCAUCGACGCGUGGCUUCGCUCGCACGCUAACUGUCCUCUCUGCCGCGCCGGAGUUCUCUGCACCGAUUCACCUUUCACUCCGAUGAUGGCUGCCAGAAUCCGACCAAGCUUCGACGACGACACAAUUCUCCACCGUAUCAGUAUAGAUCCUCUCAUCGAUCCGCCGCUGCUGCCUGCGGCGGCUAUCUCCUCCGUGCCGGAGAUUACUCCCUGCGUCGACGAGAAUUCUCCAAGGAGGAACCAGAACCAUGCAAACGUGAAUUCAGAGGAUUGUUUUAGGGAUUUUCUGCUGAAGAGAUCGUACUCGUUCGGAUUUGAACGGAGUCUGGCGUCGGAGAGGAUGGUGAUGGAACCGGCGACAGCGUCGCCGUGGCGGUACCGGAGAGGGAGUAGUAGUUUCUGGAGCAAGAGGCCUUCGCCGUUUGGAUCGUUGGGGAAGCCGAGGGUGUUUUCGUUUAGGUAUUAUAGAGGAAUGAAGUCACCGUUCUUCCGGCGGAGGGGAUUUUUUCCGUUGUCGGAGUCGAGCGUGAGGUACGGCGGCGGCGGCGGCGGCGGGGGGAGCUCGUCGCGGCGGAGCAAGUCGAUAGCAAGUCCGAUGUUUCUGCGGUCGUCGGGGGUGACGUCGGCGGCGGCGUUCUCGUCGAGCAGGCUGAGGUGCGGGGAUCCCGAGGCGCUUCUUUCGCCGGAGAGGUUUAACGGGAGGUGAAAAUAAAGGAAGGGUUGAAAAAGUGUUAGUAGAAUUUUUGAAAUGAAUGAGAAUGGCCGGCAAGAGGACACGUGGCGGAGAGUGAUUGGUGGAGGGGGUUGAUCGGAGAUGGGUGGAGGGAUGAGGUAAAGGAGGAAUUAAAUGGAGGAUGGUCGCAUGCGGUUUAAUUUAAUGAGACGGUCUGGCAAUUUGUAGAGAGUCAUUAAUGAAUGGUAGGAAGAGCAUUUAAUUGGAGAGAGAACUAAGACAUUUCAUGCUGAGAAGUGAUUAGUAAGGACUGAAGAGAGUUUCUUUUUCUUUUCUUUUCUUUUUUUUCUCUCUCUCUAAAUAUAUCUAUUAUUCUCUGUGUCUGUGGUGGUGGGGGGAAGAGGGUUUUUAAAGAGGAUUGGAUUUUGUAUUUUCAUGUACUUGUAUUUUACAAACAAAAGAGGUUUUGGCUUCUUGAUGAGGGGUUUCGGAGUUUUGUAGUGGUUUCUUUAUGCACCGACUGAACUCCCCAUGUGGAAGGAUUGAAGAUGCAAAUGAGAUGUGGUGACCUAGGUGACUCUCUAGGUUUAUGCCCGCAGACGCAAGGCAUUAAUUGUGGCAUUGGGUAUGUUGACAAGCAACAUUGGUUGAUUCCUUUAGUGUUUGUGUGUGUGACUCUGCUGUGAAUUCUUUCUUCGUCAGAUAAUUAAUGCCAUUUAUAAGAUUUUGAAUUUUGGAAUCUUUUGUGAUCAA